UAAAUUAAGAAAAAAAAUUCUAAUCAAACGUACGGAAUAAGUUCAUAGAGUAGUGUCCCUUUUUAUUAUGAUUUUGCUGAAGUUGUGAUAAAAUGAAAACUAGGAAAAGAGGCAGAAGUCCUGACCCAGAGUGUGACGAUUGUUUACCUAUAUCAAAAAGAAUUACACGAUUAAACAUACAAGCAAGCAGAAAUUCAAUUGAAAGCAAAGAAUCAUUAGCAGGAGCACCUCAACCAGGUUGUUCUCAUGGCAACGCUUCAGGAAGUGGUGAAGACAUGUUGUCAUGGCAACAUCAGCAGUGUAGUGGAAGAGGUUAUCAGCAAGGAAACAACAAUAACUUGAAUUAUCUCCCUUGUGGAUCUAGUCAAUGUGACAAUAUACAAGGCAUAAACACAACAAAAAACGGCUUGCAAGCAUAUGCCGUACAUCAUGGCAUCCCCUCUGAUGAUUUCAACGGCUACAAACCAGAGUUAACGAAGACUGAAAAUCCUCACUAUUACCAGAUCAACAGUGUUUUAUAUCGGGCACAUUUAGAGAAAGCCAGUAGAGUAGGCAUGGAUCUAAAGCAGUGAUGUAUUAAAAAGAAAUAAAUGAACCUCAGCAUUUUGUCUUUCAAUUGUCAUAGUAAUAUAUAGUGUUACAUUAUG